AUGUCAUCCUUUGAUCUGACCUCUCACCUGACCUCUACCUGAACCUUAUCAGACAGACUCACCUGGAGAGGCAACCUACCUGGUGGAACUAGAGGUAAACCUAUAGGUCUUCUGGAAAUAUUCCAACAGUUGAGCAUGUUGAGCUUUUAGACCAGUAGAAGUCUUUCCAGGUCUGCUGUAAACAUAACUAUUGAGCUUAAAGUCUAGACAAGGCUUUGUCUGUAUCUGAGAAACCACUCCUAAGACACAGGGUCAGAAAGGGAUUGAGAGGUGUUCUGUCAGAACCUAAGAGAGCCUGUUGGUUGGUUUGACACAGUAGAGAAAAGACUUUGGAAGGUAUUAUGAACAUGUCAACCACAAAGACACAGAAGAUGGUGAACUUUAAAAUGAUCAAUCCCAAAGUGUUUUGUCUAGUAUUGUAGUAGACAAAGGGGUUUAUGUAGAGCUGUGCAGUAUUCUGGUUAUGGUUAGAGCCAUGUUGUUACAUCUAUAUUGUUACAUAACUGAUUUUAGAUCACAGUGUGUUGGUCGGGUCUUAGACCGUGUGACUAGACAGUACUGAUUGUGUACAGAGGUUUAGUGUCCUGAAUCAACUGUAAUACGCCCAUGUUCUGGGUAUGUUUGGUGGAAAGUUCAUGGAAUAUUCUCCUAACCCUCUAAACCAAAUAACAUCUGACACAAAUGUUGCAAUCUUUUUCUCUUUCCCUAGAAUUAUUAGCUGGGUCUCUUUAUCUCUCUCUCUCUCUCUCUCUCUCUCCUCUAUUUCAGGACCCUGUCCCUCAAAGAUAAUUUGUAAGAUUCCAAAUAUCUUUACAGAUCUUCUUUGUAAAGGGUUUAAACACUGUUUCCCAUGCUUGUUCAAUGUACCAUAAACAAUUAAUGGACAUGCACCUGUGGAACGGUCAUUAAGACACUAAUAGCUUACAGACAGUAGACAAUUAAGGUCACAGUUAUGAAAACGUAGGACACUAAAGAGGCCUUUCUACUGACUCUGAAAAACACCAAAAGAAAGAUGCUCAGGGUCCCAGCUCAUCUGCGUGAACGUGCAUUAGGCAUGCUGCAAGGAGGCAUGAGGACUGCAGAUGUGGCCAGGGCAAUAAACUGCAAUGUCCGUACUGUGAGACGCCUAAGACAGCACUACAGGGAGACCGGACGGACAGCUGAUCGUCCGCACAGUGGCAGGCCACGUGUAACAACAUCUGCACAGGAUCGGUACACCCGAACAUCACACCUGCGGGACCGGUACAGGAUGGCAACAACAACUGUCGAAGGUACACCAGGAACGCACAAUCCAUUCAUCAGGCUGGACUGAGGGCUUGUAGGCCUGUUGUAAGGCAGGUCCUCACCUGACAUCACCGGCAACAACGUCGCCUAUGGUCACACAUCUGACGUUGCUGGAUCAGACAGGACUGGCAAAAAGUGCUCUUCACUGACGAAUGGUGGUUUUGUCUCACCAGGGGUGAUGGUCGGAUUUACAUUUAUCGUCGAAGGAAUGAGCGUUACACCGAGGCCUGUACUAUGGAGCGGGAUCAAUUUGGAGGUGGAGGGUCUGUCUGGGUCGGUGUAUCACAGCAUCAUCGGACUGAGCUUGUUGUCAUUGCAGGCAAUCUCAAUGCUGUGCGUUACUGGGAAGACAUCCUCCUCCCUCAUGUGGUACCCUUCCUGCAGGCUCAUCCUGACAUGACCCUCCAGCAUAAUAAUGCCACCAGCCAUACUGCUCGUUCUCUGCGGGAUUUCCUGCAAGACAGGAAUGUCAGUGUUCUGCCAUGGCCAGCGAAGAGCCCGGAUCUCAAUCCCAUUGAGCACGUCUGGGACCUGUUGGAUCGGAGGGUGAGCGCCAGGUUCAUUCCCCCCAGAAAUGUCCAGGAACUUGCAGGUGCCUUGGUGGAAGAGUGGGGUAACAUCUCACAGCAAGAACUGGCAAGUCUGGUGCAGUCCAUGAGGAGGAGAUGCACUGCAGUACUUAAUGUAGCUGGUGGCCACACCAGAUACUGGCUGUUACUUUUGUUCAGGGACACAUUAUUCCAUUUCUGUUAGUCACAUGUCUGUGGAACUUGUUCAGUUUAUUUCUCAGUUGUUGAAUCUUGUUAUGUUCAUACAAAUAUUUACACAAGUUAAGUUGGCUGAAAAGAAACGCAGUUGAUAGUGAGAGGAGUUUCUAAAUACAGGAAGGGAGUUGGCCAGUCUUGGCGGUUCGGCCGGGGAAGAAGGGGGAGUAUAGAAUGAUUCUGUACAUAACAGACAACUGUUUAAACACAUCCUGCUGUUAGAUUUACCUUGCUACACAAUUUACAGUCCAGUCUCUGCUGCUGUCCUCAGAAUAAUGUCCUAUAGUGUUUUAAUCUGUGUAAUCAUCUUUCUGUUGGUCUGUCUGUCUGUCUGUCUGUCUUUCUGUCUGUUUCUCUGUCAGUUCCUCUCCUGUCCUGAUGUGGGAGAGGGAGCUUUGGGUACAGAAUUAAUGUGUGUGUUUGUUUGUGAGCUGUGGGUUUUAUUGAGUGUGUAAGAGUAUGAAUCUGAACGUCUCUGGUCUGUGGGAGGAGCUUCCUGUUAACUCCUCCGCGCGGUGUCCCUAUGAUGUGAUUGGUUGGGAGCCACAAAUGGAGCAGCUGUACUUUUGGUUCUACCUGCUGCUCUUCAUCCCUGGUCUCUGCCUCAACACCACGGCUCUCUGGGUGCUAUGUAGACACAUCAGUAAGAAGACCAAGGCAGUGAUCUUCAUGGUGAACCUGGCUCUAGCUGACCUACUCCAUGUCAUGUCUUUGCCUCUGAGGAUCCACUACUACCUGACACACACCUGGCCCUUUGGACAAACACUGUGUCUGUUCUGUUUCUACCUCAAAUACCUCAACAUGUACGCUUCCAUCACCUUCCUGGUGUGUAUCAGUGUCCAGAGGUGUGUGUUUUUGCUACAGCCCUUCUAUGCCAGGCGGUGGAGACGGCGUUAUGACUUGUUGAUCAGCGCCACCGUGUGGCUGGUGGUGGGAAUAGGUUGUUCCCCUUUUAUUAUCAUGAGGAUCAGCAACAGCACUGAACCCAGUCAAUACACCCCUAGCCCCAGUACCAGUCUUAUACCCAGCUCUAACCCCAGCCAUUACACUGGUAGUCCUAUUCAAUACUCCACACCCUCCACCUUACCUUACACAAGCUCCAUCCCCAGCGGCUGUUUUAAGGACCUGCCCACCAGGAAACUGCCACUCCCCCUUGUGGCAGCCAUGAUGGUGCUUGCGGAGCUGUUUGGGUUUGUGUUACCGCUCAGUGCCAUCAGUUACUGCUCUCUCCGGAUCGCUCACUCACUGAGACAGAGACAGGACAGAGAGCACCACCACAACCACCGCUGCCCCUCGACCAGCCAGGCCCAACCCUCAGCCCAGACAGACAGAGAGCACCACCACAAUCACCGCUGCCCCUCGACCAGCCAGGCCCAACCCUCAGCCCAGACAGACAGAGAGCACCACCACAAUCACCGCUGCCCCUCGACCAGCCAGGCCCAACCCUCAGCCCAGAUUAACAGGCAGAUAGACAAAGAUAAGCGUCGCGCCCUGAGGAUGGUUAUGAGCUGCUCGGCUCUAUUCUUGUUCUGUUUCGCUCCGUACCACAUCAAUUUCCUGUUGUACGUGAUGGUGUCUCAGGAUAUAGUGUCCCACUGCCCCACGAUGCUGGUGGUGCGCCAUUUCCACCCUGUUUCGCUGUGUGUAGCCAGUCUUUCCUGCUGUCUGAACCCUUUGUUAUAUUACUUCCUCACUGCAGAGUUCAGACAGCACCUCUCCCAACGCACCUCCUCCCUCUCCUCCUCCAUUAGAGGCCGGCUCAUGAGCCUGGAAAGCACCUCCUCUUUUAGGGAGUAACAACUCCUGUAGGAAGCACUUUGUCUCCUCCUCCUCUCCUCAAUCAAUCAAAUGUAUUUACAAAGCCCUUUUUACAUCAGCUGACGUCAAAAAGUGCUAUACAGAAACGCAGCCUAAAACCCCAAACAGCAAGCAAUGCAGGUGUAGAAGCACGGUGGCUAGGAAAAACUCCCUAGAAAGACCAGAACAUAGGAAGAAACCUAGAGAGGAACCAGGCUAAGAGGGGUGGCCAGUCCGUUUCUGGCAGUGCCGGGUGGAGAUUAUAACAGUACAUGGCCAAGGAGUUCAAAUGUUCAUAAAUGACCAGCAUGGUCAAAUAAUAAUAAUCAUAGUAAUUGCCGAAGGGCAAACAGGUCAGUCGCUCAGGAGUAAAUGUCAGUUGGCUUUGCAUAGCCGAUCAUUCAGAAUUAGAGACAGCAGGUGCGUUAGAGAGAGAGAGUCGAGAACAGCAGGUCUGGGACAAGGUAGCACGUCCGGUGAACAGGUCAGGGUUCCAUAGUCGCAGGCAGAACAGUUGAAACUGGAGCAGCAGCACAACCAGGUGGACUGGGGACAGCAAGGAGUCAUCAGGCCAGGUAGUCCUGAGGCAUGGUCCUAGGGCUCAGGUCCUAGGAGCCCAUGAAGAUCUCCCCAACGGCACAACCUGUCCCACGGCAUGGAAGAGCACCAGUAAGCCAGUGACUUAGCCCCUGUAAUAGGGUUAGAGGCAGAGAAUCCCAGUGGAAAGAGGGGAACCGGCCAGGCAGAGACAACAAGGGCGGUUCGUUGCUCCAGAGCCUUUCCGUUCACCUUCACACUACUUGGCCAGACAACACUCACUCAUAGGACCUACUGAAGAGAUGAGUCUUCAAUAAAGACUUAAAGGUCAAGACCGAGUCUGUGUCUCUCACAUGGACAGGCAGACCAUUCCAUAAAAAUGGAGCUCUAUAGGAGAAAGCUAGGGCUAUAUAUAGGAGAAUUCUAGGGCCAGUUAGGAGGCCUGCAACUUGUUUCCAUAUUGUAUGUGUGUAGGUAUGUAGGGCAGGACCAAAUCAGAGAGAUAAGUAGGAGCAAGUCCAUGUAAUGCUUUGUAUGUUAGCAGUAAAAGAUUCUAGCAGCCGUAUUUAGCUGAAGUUUAUGUAGUGCUUUUUCCGGGAAGCCUCUCUCUCCUCCUCCUCUCAUCUCUCUCUUCCUCCUCCUUUUACGCCUCCUCUCCUCCUCCUCUCUUCUCUCCUCCUGUCUCCUCUCUCUCCACCUCUCUCUAUCAUCCUCUUUCUCCUCCUCCCCUCCUCUCUCUUCUCCACUCCUCCUCUCUCCCUCUCUCUCCUCUCUCCUCUUCCUCCUCCUAUCCUCUCUCCUCCUCCUCUCCUUUCGUCCUCUCCUCUCUCCUCUCAUCUCCUCUCCUCUCUUCUCCUCCUCCUCAUCCUUCUACUCCUUUCCUCUCGUCCUCUCCUCUAUUAUCUCCUCCUCUGCUCUCCUCCACCUCCUCCUCAUUAUACUCCGCCUCUCCUCUCUCAUCCUCUCCUCAUCUCCUCUGCUCUCUCCUCCUCUCCUUUCUCACCUCUCCUCUCAUACUUUCUCCUCCUCUCUCCUCUUCCUCCUCCUCCUCUCCUUUCAUCCUCUGUCUCUCUCCUCUCCUCUCUCAUCAUCCUUUCCUCCUCUCCUCUGCCCUCUCCUUUCCUCCUCUCUCCCCCUCUCCUCUCUCCUCUCCCUUCUCCUCUCAUCUCUCCCCUCUCCUCCUUUAACUCAUCUCCUCUUUUCCUAUCUCGUCCUCUCCCUUUUCUCCUCCUCAUCCUCCUUUCCUCUUCCUCUUCCAUUUCCUCCUCAUCUCCUCCAUAGACAGAUAAAGACUGUUACACAACAGAACACCCCCCCCCACACUCUGGAGGGACAGAGAGACACUGAACUUCGACCCUGAAAAUGUGAUAUGUAACCAGCUAUGUUACUGUAAGAUAAACUGGUGAUGUUUGAAGGGGACUCUUAUAAGCUAAAUGUGCUAAAACGGUAUGAUGCAGAGAAAGCCUGGGUCAUUGUAUGCAUCAGCUGCUGUUAGAUCAUGUUGUAAAUUAUGUAAAUAAAAAGCAGCUUGUUGCUAUAUCA